AUCCAUUUCAUUUUUUUGUCUUACGGGUGACAUUUUAGUUGUUAUGUUGACAUGUGUUUUUGACAUUCCGCCUUGUUGAUUCAUCAAUGUGUUAGUUUUUUUGUUGAAUUUUGGGUAAAAAGAUGAUACAUACGACAGCAACAAUUGAUUAAAUAUUGGUAUAAAGAUAAUGUAAAUUAUUUGUUAAUUGAACAUUUGGUCAUUGUGAUAACAAGUACAGUUCUAAUGUGAUAUCAAACCAAACUCAUAACAUUUGUGUAAUUGAACGUUUCUAGGUUAAUUCCAGUUUACGUUACCUUCUAUUUAAUCUGGUAACACCCACAACGUACUGUCAGCAACCCUAAUUUCCCAAAAUGUUCAAAGUGCGGGUAUUAUACGAUUUCCAAGGGGAACCUGGAACUGCCGAAAUGUCCAUCUCAACAGGGGAAACAUUAACUGUAACAAGAACAGAUGUGGGAGAUGGCUGGUGGGAAGGUAUCAAUUCAAAAAAGCAGUCAGGUUUAUUCCCAGAAGCCUACGUAGAACGAAUGGGGCCAUCCAAUCCACCCAGUAUCCCAGCUCCUGUUCUUCACCCUCAACCAGCCCAAAACAGUUGGGGAGAAUCGCAACAAAGCCAUCAUGAUGAGGACUGGGAUGAUGAUUGGGAUGAUGAUACAUAUUCAGAAAUAGGCAAUAAUCAAACCACAAAUCAGCAAUCGAUUUAUAGUAAUGAACCAAAUCAGAAUCAGUUUCAAUAUAGCAAUACUGAUAUCCCAAGUUUGGGAAAUAAUUCCAUCGAUAAUAAGGGUACUGUCACUAAAAAGAGUUUGAAUAUAUUUUCUUCAUAUGUAAAAUCUGGUGUGGAAGGAUAUAUUCUAGGCACAUCUGCAAACCUGCCAAUUAGUAAAAAGAUCCACAUAUACAGAGAGGGUGAUGAUGUAAUAGGAAAAUGGGAAGUAAUAUCCAAUCCCUACACAGUUCAAAUAACAUCACCCAAAAAGGCAACGAAAAUGGGUGGCUUGAAAUCAUUUAUUGCUUAUCAGUUGACACCAUCAUUUUCUAAUGUUGAGGUAUCUAGAAGAUACAAGCAUUUUGACUGGUUACAUGAUAGGUUAAUGGCCAAAUUCAAUGUGAUAGCAAUUCCACCUUUGCCUGAUAAGCAAGUGUCUGGAAGGUAUGAAGAACAAUUCAUUGAACAUCGAAGAGCCCAACUUCAAGAAUUUGUUAAUUACAUGUGUCGACAUCCAGUAUUGUCCACAUGUGAGGUCUGGAUUCACUUUCUAACCUGCACAGAUGAAAAACAGUGGAAACAAGGCAAAAGGAAUGCAGAAAGAGAUCAACUGGUUGGAGCCAAUUUCUGUCAAAGUAUUGAAGCACCUGAAAAGGAGAUUCUUUCCUCUCUUGUGGAGCCCAGAAUUGAGGAGAACUUCAACUAUGUUACAAAAAUGGACCAGUGCAUCAAAAAUUUGAUGAACACUGCCCAAGAUCAACAAAAGAAAUGUGUAAACAUGUACAAAAGAGAGUUUAUGAAGAUUGGAGAAAGUUUUUUUGCAGUUGGUGCUGCUUUUGAACAGAAUCAGCAGGGGAUGUACUCCAAGGCAUCUGUGGAUGUAAAGAAUAUUGGUUCAACAUAUAUGAUCAUUGGCAAGCUGUAUGAAGAACAAGCCAAAAUGGACUGGCAGCCACUAUUUGACAAGCUGUACAUCUACAAAGGCAUCACAAAUUGCCUGCCUGAUAUCUUGAAUAUACAAAAAAUGUCUGAACAAAAGAAGAAGGAAGUGGAAAGGACUUCACAGGGGCAGCAAAGUGUACUUGCAGAAGUCAGAAGAAGAACAGAUAUAAUUACCUAUACUGCUUUUGCAGAAUUGAAUCAUUUUCAGAAUGAACGGGAUACUGAUCUAAGAUUAACUAUGAAGGCCUUCCUUCAGGAACAACUGAACUUUUAUAAAAAUAUUGUUAGCAAACUGGAAGAUACAUUGCAGCAAUUUGAUUGAAGAGAUGUGAGUAUUUGUGGUUACUGAGAAGCUAACAGCUAUACAGGGUGUUACAGAACUAUGGGAUCAAACUUGUAGGGGUUAUUCAGUGUAACAGUAGAAAACAUUUGAGUAUAGGGACCCAUAUCCGGCAAAGUGUCGCUACGGCAGUACGCCUCUAAGAGGCGUUAAAAUUUAGAAAGACGAUGAAUUGCCUAAAUAGGAUUUAAUGCAUUUAAUGUUUGCCUUUUGUAUCAUCACAACAAUUGUUCAAAAUGUCUUCCUCCAACCUGAAUACACCGUUCCUGUGGGGACAUGUAAAGUCUUUGGUUUACGAAACUCCAGUAGAAACAGAGCAAGACUUAAUUGAACAAAUUACAGCAGCAUUUGAAAUCAUUCAAAGCGAGUAUCAAAUUUUUAUUCAGGUUCGCCGAAAUCAUGUGCGACGUUAAAUCAGUUUGGAGGAAGACAUUUUGAACAAUUGUUGUGAUGAUAUCAUGUACAAAAGGCAAAAAUUAAACGCAUUAAAUCCUAUUUAGGCAAUUCGUCGUCUUUCUAAAUUUUAACGCGUCUUAGGGCCGUAGUGCUGUAGUGGCACUUUGGGUAUGGCUCCCUAUACUCAAAUGUUUUCUACUGUUACACUGAAUAACCCCUAGAAGUUUGAUCCCAUUGUUCUGAAACUCCCUGUAUAUCUACUUAAUAUUUUUAUAUGCCCAUCUGUGUAAAUGCUACUAUUGUCAUUAAGUUAUCAUUCUGGGCUCGACUGUACAUUUUUGGCUUUUGCUGUAAAGUAACAUAUAUUAACUUGUCCUGUUGACUUGUAGAAUUUUUUCAUAAUGAUUCUUUAGAAUCCGGAAAUGCUGCUGCAAGUGACAUGUAUAGCAUAUAUAGCAUAUGUAGAUAUUGUGAUCAUAGAAUAGUGGGAAGAAACAAAUAUAACUUGGAUUCAAAGAAAGAGCAUACACCAGGUGAUAGGUGAAGCGAUGAUUUGUGUUGUGAUGAUUUUCAUCACAAGGAUACACGGGAUAAUAACAAUUUUUUAUGACAUGGUGGUCUCUAAUCUAAUCAGUCAAUUAAUUGCACAGUCUCCACUGCAUAUUGAAAUUCUGAUACAAAUGUUAGUAUAUGGAUGUAUUAUACUCUGUGUAAGGCAGCAUUGAAGCUGUAAUAAAUAAUUUUACAAGAGCUUUAACACCAUUGUUUGUAAUUAAUUCAUUUGAAGUGCACCUAUUUUUAGUUAUUCUCUAUUAAAUAUUUAUUUAAAUGUCACACUACAUGUACCCUAUUUUCUUCCAUUUUAUGACUGCAUUGUAACAAGUUGAAUGCUCUUGUGAAAUUUCAGUACCUGUCCUCUGUCAUAGAUAUGGGCUAGCAACUUUAUAUUUUUAUAAGUUUUGCACAUAAAGCUGAUCUCUGAAUGAGUAUGCACUAUACAUAUGUAUCAGGGCUAUUAUUAAAGUCUGAUUGAUUUUACAUGCACUUUUUGUAGUAUUUGAAGGGGAUUCUCCAUAAUAUUGCUAUAUUUAGUAUAAAAUCACAAAUAUCUUAAUCAUUACUCAUUACUGGAAGCUAGAAUUGACAAUUUACAUAGUUACCUAUUGGCCAUUGCGUGAACUGAAGAAAAUAAAUACAUAUAAUGAUCCCUAGCCUACUAUGAGAGUAAGCUAGGAAAUACAUGGUCUGUUAUUUAUGAAGCAGCGGAGAGGUAAAAAUCGCUAUUUGGUUUAAAAUGAGUUCCAUCUAAGCUAUUGCCAGCCAGUUAAUGUCAGCAUCAAUACAAAAUAAUAAACUAACUACAUGUGCUUCAUAUCAAAAGGCGCAAGAUUUGAUUGCAUUAGAUGUCCCUGUGACUCUGUACAAAUGGUUUAUAUUUUCUUUUUAUACAGGGUGUUCAUUUGAAAACUUCCCACCACUGAUUAAAAAAAAGCCCGAGACACGUCAAAAGAUUUGUCAAGAGGGACAACUUUUUAACCAAAAACUACUUCACCCCUUUUCAUCCUCUGCCCCGGGGUCAUUUCCUUGAAAAUUUUAAAUGACAAGGGGUAUCGAGUAAUAGCUUGUUUGAAAGGACUUUCCAGUUUGCAGAGAACAUAAAUUUUGGGUACCAUAAAUUAGAAUCAUUUCUACUCUUAUUUGGUUAUUGCCACGUCCAAUCUUCCGAAUUGCUCUUUAUGAUGGUAGUUUCCGUUUUAAAUUAUACACGAAUUGUAGAUUUGGGAAACCCUAAGGGGCAACAUUUUGAACACUUAUUGAAAUAAAAAGUGAUAUUUUCGUGUGUUUUUGCUUUCUAUCUGAACAAAUUAAGAUACAGGUUUUUCUAAUUUUCUCGAAAACGAAUCGACUGAUUUAAAAAAAUCAAACGUGGAGGGUGAAAGGGGGUGAGGUAGUUUUUGGUUAAAAAGUUGUCCCCCUUGACAAAUCUCACGUUGGCGUUUUCUCUUUUAAUCAGUGGUUUUCGAUAAACCGUGGUGGGAAGUUUCCACACCUUGUAUGUUAAGUGUGUCGUAAACCUAAACACUUACAUCCGGUUUUGAGAACGUUAAGUUCGCGCGAUCACCACUAGACAGGACGUUGCACAUAACGAAAAAUUAUUGUAAUUUUAGUGAUAUGUUUAUCAUAUGCAUCUGUGAUUUACAAUUUUUACAGAUUCCAAAUAUAGCAAUUCAUUCAAGGAAUAUGUAUGUAUACAGCUGUCCUAUUUUUUAUACAUAGAUGUGAGUAUUAUGUAUAUAUGCAGGGUAUCAAAUGAUUAAAAUCAUCUGAAACCUUGAUCCAAACAACUGUUUCACGAUACAUUCAAUUCAAAUGGAAGUCACUAUUGAGAUUUAGUUUGCUAUAUACCCAUGGUUUGAAAUCUAUAGUCCUUCCUAUCAAAAUUUCAAUACUGAUGGUUACCUGAGAGUACGGUCUUUUAUUUCUACUUUUACACAAACUUUGUGGAUCUUCUUAUUAGUUUUGGGUUAUUUUGGGCUUAUGAUAUACUUCGGCCAACAUUUGAAGUUGCUAUGAUGCUUCAGAAUAAAUAUUUUUGGUGAAACAGACUUUGGAUUUCAAAGAAAAUAAAUAAUGAUAACUAUACUAUAUGACUGAUAUAGUGCAAUGAUUCAUCCACCCAUAAUAUUCAAAUACACUCUAUUUUCAUAGCUAAGCAUGUGAACAGUAUAAUUCUUGUGAUUGAAAGGCAUUUUACUUUAAAAUAUACAAUGUUUUAGAGCAACUUUUGCCGUUGUAAUUACAGACUAUUCAACUAUAUUCUUUUUAGCCUACAAUUUUAGCUCUAUUCAAAAUUAGUCAUUUUUAUUAUGUGUUGUAAUUUAUUAUUUUUGUGUCUAUGUAUUAUUGAU